AUGGCGACAAAGAGAAGCGUUGGAACAUUGAAGGAAGCUGAUUUGAAAGGAAAGAAGGUUUUCGUUAGGGUUGAUCUAAACGUUCCUUUGGAUGAUAACUUGAACAUCACCGAUGAUACCAGAAUCCGUGCUGCUAUUCCUACCAUCAAGUACUUGACUGGUUAUGGUGCUAAAGUCAUCCUCUCCUCCCAUCUGGGACGUCCAAAGGGUGUAACACCUAAAUACAGUUUGAAGCCUCUUGUACCAAGGUUGUCUGAACUUCUUGGAACCGAGGUUAAGAUUGCUGGUGACAGUAUUGGCGAGGAGGUUGAGAAGUUGGUUGCACAAAUUCCAGAAGGUGGUGUUUUGCUUUUAGAGAAUGUGAGGUUCCACAAGGAAGAGGAGAAGAAUGAUCCUGAAUUUGCUAAGAAGUUGGCUUCCCUUGCUGAUCUUUAUGUGAAUGAUGCAUUUGGCACUGCCCAUCGUGCUCAUGCUUCUACAGAAGGUGUUGCUAAAUACUUGAAGCCCUCUGUUGCAGGAUUCCUCAUGCAGAAGGAGCUUGAUUAUCUAGUUGGAGCUGUGGCAAACCCCAAGAAACCGUUUGCUGCCAUUGUUGGUGGUUCUAAGGUGUCUUCCAAGAUUGGAGUUAUUGAAUCCUUGUUGGAGAAGGUUGACAUUCUCUUGCUUGGUGGAGGAAUGGUGUUUACCUUUUACAAAGCUCAAGGUUAUUCAGUUGGGACCUCUCUUGUUGAGGAAGACAAGCUUGAUCUUGCAACUUCACUUAUUGAGAAAGCCAAGGCUAAAGGAGUUUCCCUUUUGCUUCCAACUGAUGUGGUUAUAGCCGACAAGUUUUCUGCUGAUGCUAACGACAAGAUUGUACCAGCAUCAAGCAUCCCUGAUGGUUGGAUGGGAUUGGAUAUUGGACCUGAUUCCAUCAAAACAUUUAACGAAGCAUUGGACAAGAGUCAGACCGUCAUUUGGAAUGGACCAAUGGGUGUUUUUGAGUUUCCUAAGUUUGCCGCAGGAACAGAGGCCAUUGCCAAGAAACUGGCAGAAAUAAGUGGCAAAGGAGUAACAACCAUCAUUGGAGGAGGCGACUCUGUAGCCGCCGUGGAGAAGGCUGGACUAGCAGACAAGAUGAGCCACAUCUCUACCGGCGGAGGUGCGAGCUUAGAGCUUCUUGAGGGGAAGCCACUACCUGGAGUCCUUGCUCUUGAUGAUGCUUAA